CUGCGGGGAGGGAAAGCAUGGCGUCCAGCGAAGAGGACGGCGGAGCCGGCAACGGUUCGCUGGAGGAGAAGGAGAGCGGCAAGGCGGCCGCCCCUCGGCGCCGCGGCUCCGUAACCACCGCCUGGCUCAUCUUCUACAACAUCACCAUGACGGCGGGGUGGCUGGUUUUGGCUAUUGCCAUGGUGCGGUUUUACAUGGAAAAAGGAACACACAAAGGCUUAUACAAAAACAUUCAAAAGACACUUAAAUUUUUCCAGACUUUUGCUUUGCUUGAGAUAAUCCACUGUGCAGUUGGAGUAGUGCACACUUCUAUGCUUGUGACUGGGGUCCAAGUGAGUUCCAGAAUCUUCAUGGUGUGGUUUAUUACACAUAGUGUAAAGCAGAUCCAGAAUGAGGACAGCGUUAUUCUUUUUCUGGUCGUAUGGACUGUGACAGAGAUUACUCGAUAUUCCUUCUACACAUUCAAUAUGCUCAACCACAUGCCAUACUUCAUAAAAUGGGCCAGGUACAAUUUUUUCAUCAUCUUAUAUCCCGCGGGAGUCAUCGGUGAGCUUUUAACCAUUUAUGCUGCCUUACCUUACGUGAAGAGAUCGGGGAUGUUUUCAGUGAGGCUUCCCAACAAGUAUAAUGUCUCUUUUGACUACUACUAUUUCCUUCUCAUCGUCAUGGCGUCCUACAUACCACUGUUUCCACAACUGUACUUCCACAUGCUUCGUCAAAGAAGAAAAGUGCUUCACGGCGAAGUGUUUGUAGAAAAGGACGAUUAAAAACAAGCCCUUUUUAACCAUGGUGCUUUUUCAGAGUAACAAACCAAAAUCCAGAACGUGUUGCACGAGUCCAAGUGUGAAAUCAUGGAACAAAAAUAACCAGUGCACAAAACCAACAUAGAUCAUAUUAUUUAGUAACGCUAAUAUUUUUCGGACUUCACUAUUUCAAGUCUGCAUUAAUUUUUGGUACUGUCUCCACCCCCACUCAUCAGUUUUAGGAGCCUUUUCAUAUGUUCAAAGCAUUGCAUGUACUUGGAGGGGGUUCCUUUCUUCUGCGGAAGGCUCCUAGCCAUUAGGAGAGCUUUUCAGGGGAAUGCAGGAAUGCUGUUGGGAGGGGAGCUGUAGAAAACCACACACAUCCCAUGGGAGCCUGGCCUGUGUCUUCCUUUAAAACACAAUUCAAAGUGUUGGUGCUGACCUUUAAAGCCCUAAACGGCCUUGAUCCUAUAUACCUGAAGGAGCGUCUCCACCCCCAUUGUUCAGCCCAGACACUGAGGUCCAGCGCCGAGGGCCUUUUGGCGGUUGCCGCACUGUGAGAAGCAAAGCUACAAGGAACCAGGCAGAGGGCCUUCUUGGUAGUGGUGCCCGCCCUGUGGAACGCCCUUCCAUCGAAGUUCAGGGAGAUGAACAACUACCUGACAUUUAGAAAACACCUAAAAGCAGCCCUGUUUAGGGAAGUUUUUAAUUGUGAUAUUUUAAUGUAUUUUGGUAUUUGUUGGAAGCCACCUAGAGUGGCAGGGGAGACCCAGCCAGAUGGGCGGGGUAUAAAAUAAUAAAAAUAAUAAAAGGCCUAUCAGAUUUCCCGCCUGUUAAUAUCUUAUAAGGAGAAUUUGUUAUCUUUUACCUUUUAUCUGUGUACAUAUAAUAAAUUAGAAACUUAAGACCAUUUCAAUGGCUGCAAAAAAGAAACAAAACCUGAAUGGUUUUCAGAAGCAUCUUCUUGAAACUGAUGCCACGUGGGAUGUUCAUUGUAAAUGGAGAUGGGAAUGAGCUCAGUCUUAAAUGCUGCAAUAAUUUUUUUGUUAAGCUCCUGGAAGGCAGUUGUCCUAUUUAAAGGAAUUCACUACUUGAUACCUGCAAUAUGUUCUACACAAAAAGAUCAGAUCAAAAAUUCAGCUGUCCAGAUAAUUUAAGGACAAGAGGUGUUUUUGUUCAUUUUGAAAAAAUGUCUAUGUGCCAAAAUACAAUCAAAAAGAGAAAAGUGUAUUGAAAUUUGGUUGCCCUCUGCACGUUAGCAAUCUGUGAUACAUGAAAUUUUGGUUCACUUUGGUUUACACAACUGUUUAGCAGUUUGCUCAGUAGACAGGAUCCAAAGAACCACACAACUAAUAUACCCAUGGGACCUUUGGGCUUUUAUUUUUCUCUAUGUAAUAUAGAAAACCAGUUUUGAAACAGAAGGUUUUCUGCUCAAAAACUGGUGGGGGGUGGAGUCAAAUGAUUGCAUGUGCAUUAUGCAGAUCUUUAGAUCCCAACCUUUGUGCCUUAUUGUAAAAGAAUGUAAAAUCAUGAUAAAUAAAGCACAAGUAAAGGAAAUUCAGGGAAAGAAAAACAAUGGAUAUCUCCACCCAGCACCUGCAGUCUAGUCUCACACAUUCUGAAAUCUGACUCAAUGGUCAGGGGAUUCUACAGAGCACCUGACCUUGGGAAGCUGCCAAUAGGGGUGUGUGAACCCUUUCUGCUUUCUGCUUGUGCUAUAGGAUCUUUGGAUCCAAGCUGUGAUGUGAUUAUAGCUUGUGGUGAAAACUUUCUUCAAAUAUACUUGAGUUUAUGUGUCUAGUCCUUUCAAAUUGUGUAUUAGCAAGGUUUUAGCUGAGCAAGGUUCUUUACUGUACACUUUUUACUGUAAGUGCUUUUCCGGCAAUAUAACAAUUUUAUUUUGGGGGUGGGGCCUCUGCAAUUAAAAAACCCCACAAAGGUGCUCUAACAAUUUUUCAUGUUAUAUAAAGCUUUAAAAUAUAGUAUCACACAAAAUCAUUCAGCUGUGUUUAGAUUAAAGGGUUUCAAGUUGCAUCAAUUAUAUUUUUGCAGUUGCUGUUUAAGCCUGAUUUUUUUUCCUUUUAAAAACAUCAAACUAUUUCUUACAAAAUAUCCAGGCAGCUCUUUGGUACAUGUUUCUGAAUUAGUACGGAGAAGAACUAUGUGAGAAGAUCUACUAUUUUUUCAAUGGUUAAUACGGUUACCUUUUCUAGCAUUUUAACUUCUUAAUGCCUAAGUAUAUUAUGUGCCUCAUCCUGUAAUUCUAGCUGAUCGAAAUUGGAUUUUCUGCAGCUGUUCUUUAAGUAGAAAUAUUUGGUUCUCAUGUAUGCUGUUGUUAAACCUGAGGAUGUUGUCAUACAGUAAACAAGGAAAUAUUGUAGGUAUUUUUUUUACCAUUUUGUACAUCCAAUAUUAAAAUAAUACAAUUUCUUGCAA